AUGGCUGCUACAACUUAAGAUUAUGGAUUAAUUGAAAAUGCUAUUUUGAAUAAUAUUUAGAUCAUAAAAAAUGACUUUAUGCUUCUACAUUAAAGAUAAAAGGGAAUGAUAAAUUAACUUGAGAAUGAUUUCUUGCAAGCAAUCCCAGAGAAAAUAAAAAAUAUGUCAGUUGCUGAUUUCUUGUAUAAAUUUGAUGGUGACCUGAAUAAAGCCUUUUGCUAACUCUCAGUUGUUGAUUUAAAUUUAAGUUAAACUCUUUCUAAUGCCUCUACCCUUCCAUUAUAAAAUAAUACAAAUUUUGUUUCAAAUAAUAAUAAGCUAAUAUAUAGUCAAGUAUAAUCAAGCAGCUUUAUGGAGAAUUUUCCUAAAAGCAAUAACUACAACCCAAUAAACUCAAGCAACAGUAAAAGUAUUUUGAAAAACUCUAAAAGAAAAAGAAACGAGUACGAAUAGAACUAGAAAAAGCUUCUAAAUAAUCUAUAUCAGACACACCAAAAUAACUAUUCCAAUAACAAAGAAAACUUUUCACAAAAUGGAACAUCUCAAAUGCACUUCCAGCAGUAAUCGAAAUAAAAUACAGCUAAAAAAAAUAAUAAUACUAACAACAACAAUUAAAACUAAAAUACUACUUCAAAAAGCGGGAAAAAAAUCUGGAAAUUUUGA